AUGAGACAAAAGAGAGCUAAGGCUUACAAGAAACAGAUGAAUGUAUACUUACAUACAUUCAAGUUUAGAGAACCUUUUCAAACUAUCGUUGACGAUGAAAUAAUUUUGAAUUGUGAAAAGGCAUCCUUUGAUAUUGCUAAGGGAUUAAAUCGUACCAUACAAGGGGAAACAAAACCAAUGAUAACGCAAUGUUCGAUUGAGGCAUUGUAUAAGACGAAUAAUCAAGAUGCGAUUAGUAUUGCUAAGCUGUUUGAAAGAAGACGUUGUAACCAUCCACCUGCCAAUCCUAUCCCAUCAUCAGAAUGUAUUAAAUCUAUCGUCGAUAUUAAUGGCGAGAAUAAGCAUAGAUACUUAGUAGCUACACAAGAUAAGCUGUUGAGAAACAAAUUGAGCAGGGUUCCUGGUGUACCCUUGAUUUAUAUGAAUAGGUCUGUAAUGGUCAUGGAACCUAUGUCUGAGGCCACUACAAGCUAUUCUAAUUCUGUUGAACGUAAAAAGUUAACUGGUGGCUUGAACGAUCUGAAAGUUGGGAAAGUUGAUAAGCAAGAAAAGCCUAAAACUGAGGGAACAGAAGAUGCUCCUACGAAAAAAAGAAAGGGUCCAAAAGAACCAAAUCCUCUUAGCAUGAAGAAAAAGAAAACUGCCGACACAGACACCAAGUCCAACCAAGAUAGCAAAGAUAAUUCGGAGCCAAAAACAAAAAGAAGAAGAAAGCAUAAGAGUGCUUCUGAAAGGACAGCAGUUUCAGAGGAGUGUAAUGCCAACCUUUCAAAUUCAUCUGAAUCUGAUAAAGUCAACCAAGAAUAG